AGCCAGCCUGCACAACAGGUGCCGACGGAUUGAUGGCUGGAGAGAUGAAUGAUUGGUGGAAAAAAGAGAGAGAGAGCAACUUAGAUUCUCCGGAGGAAAAAAAAAAAUGGUACAUGUUACUGGAGGAGUCACUGAAGAGAGUGAACGAGAGGGAGGGAGGGAGAUGAAAAAGUCAGUGAGUCAGUAGUGAGAAAGAUUGUAAUAAAGUGAGAGGGAGGGAUGAAGAGGAGGAAGGUAUAAUUACAGAGAGAGAAAGAGAGAGGGGACAAACACUGAGAAGCCAGAGAGGGAGAGAGUGCUGAAGAAAGAGUCAGAGAACUGUCUAACCCUGCCCACUUUCCACUCAACCAUUCAACUCCGGCACGGGCAGCAGUGCAUCGUCAGGUUUCUCCAGAGCUCAGCUGCACGGACACCGACCCGGAGCUCAUCAACCUGCAGGACGAGCCCAGAGAGAGCACCAGCAGCGCUUCCUUCAGCCCUCUUCAACUUUUAAUCACCAUGACCGCUCCAUUCAGAUAAGGAUUAUUUUGGACUGGCUCCCACUUUCCGUAUCGAUUUGACAAACAAGCCAGCCCAGUGACUGAUCUUGGCAGCGGAGCAGAACAGGACCGAGCUGCGUGUCUGCCGUCACUCAGGAUGUCCUCUCUCACGCUCGUGACUGGGGUGCUGCUGCUCUCCGGCUGUUUGUCAGGGGGCUGCUCGCCCACGCCGGCCGAGAGCGGCUCUCAAGGUGCGGGGCAGCAAGAUGAUCCCGUGACCCCCUGCCCGUCCUGCGCUCUAGCCCAGAGGCAGAAGGACCCGGAGGAGCAGACCGACAUGGUGGAGGCGGUCAAGAGGCACAUCCUCAACAUGCUGCAUCUGAACACCCGGCCCAAUGUCACACACCCGGUGCCCCGCGCCGCCUUGCUCAACGCCAUCCGCAAGCUACACGUGGGACGGGUGGGUGAGGAUGGCACGGUGGAGAUAGAGGAAGACGGAGGAGGGUUGGGGGAACGAGAGCAACCUGAGGAGCAGCCCUUUGAGAUCAUCACCUUUGCGGAGCCAGGAGAUGCCUCUGACAUCAUGAUAUUUGACAUUUCUAAGGAGGGCAACACUCUGUCCGUGGUGGAGCAGGCCAAUGUGUGGCUGUUUCUUAAGGUUGCCAAAGGCAGCAGAGGGAAGGCGAAGGUGUCCCUUCAGCUCCUGCAGCAUGGCAAAGUCGAUCCAGGCUCUACCAACGGACCCCAGGAACUGGUGGUUUCCGAGAAGACUGUGGACACACGACGCAGCGGCUGGCACACGCUACCCGUGCCCCGCAUGGUCCAGACUCUGCUGGACGGGGACAGCAGUUUGCUCAGUCUCCGUGUCUCCUGUCCAUUGUGUGCCGAAGCUGGUGCCGUGCCCAUCCUGGUGCCUGCAGAGGGGAACAAGGGCAAGGAGAGAGAACAAUCUCACCGACCCUUCCUCAUGGUCGUGCUCAAGCCAGCCGAGGAGCACCAGCACCGGCGCAGCAAGCGCGGCUUGGAGUGCGACGGCAAAAUCCGCAUCUGCUGUAAACGGCAGUUCUACGUCAACUUUAAGGACAUCGGGUGGAGCGACUGGAUCAUCGCUCCGUCUGGAUAUCACGCUAACUACUGCGAGGGGGACUGUCCCAGCCAUGUGGCCAGCAUCACAGGCUCUGCCCUCUCCUUCCAUUCCACCGUCAUCAAUCACUAUCGGAUGCGCGGGUACAGCCCCUUUACCAACAUCAAGUCGUGCUGCGUGCCUACGCGCCUACGGGCCAUGUCCAUGCUCUACUACAACGAGGAGCAGAAGAUCAUUAAGAAAGACAUCCAGAACAUGAUAGUGGAGGAGUGUGGCUGCUCAUAAAAUGCCAUGAACUCCCAACAAACACUCAAAUGUUGGUACAAAGCACAUAUCAGAGGAUUGGCGAUCUGUGUUCACCCACAAACUUCUGAGCUGCCAACUCGGGCAAUCUAUUUGUUUGCAGACCAUUCUAAUAGGACUAAUUAUUGGAGCGGUCUUCGUGGCACUUUCACAUAAAAAUGAAGGAGGAGAAUAAAGCAUAAUAUAUUUUUUUUAAUGAAGAGAGACAGAGACUGAGAGGGAACGGGUGCAUAGGUCAAAAGUGUCAGCCCUGAUUCUCUGCACUGCAAUAAAGAGACUUAUUUUGAAGUGUGGAAUUGUAUAUUCUGAGAAGCUGAAAAAACAUGCAACUCUAUGCAAGUCAAGUAUUAUUACUGGAUGUUCUUCUUUUUUUAUCAUUAUUUGUCUUGUUAGCUUUUGUUUAUUGUUUUUAUUGUCAUCCCUUUUCUCACACACACACACACACACACACACACACACACACACACACACACACACACACACACACACACACACACACACACACACACACACACACACACACACAAA